AUGGAUCACCAUGAAGUCAAACCACCAUUGUCGUUCCGGUUACGAAGACGGCCUGAUGGGAUUGACAAGCAGGGAAUGGAAUCAGUUUCGACCGGUGGUGACAGUCGUGACAUGAUGCAGCACAUAGACGCCUCGUCACGUUCCUCCACCAUGUCCAUAUCGAUGCGCUCAAGUGGCGGCGGCAACAGUCCCAUUGCUUCGCCAGCAACAGUUCGCUCCAAUGAACGACGGAAGGUCCAAAUUCCUCAAGGCAUCGUGUCAGUUGUCGAACCGAGUUCGUUGGUGGCGCAUCCACACAAGAUUAAUCCAAGAAUACAAGAACUUACCAUCAAUAAACUCAAGUAUGAUGCCUUGGGACUGGUUGGACGAGAUAAAGAGGUGACGAUACUCAAAGAACGCUGCGAUCGAGCGCUAAACGAUACGAUAAAAGAAUUAAUCGUCAUCAAAGGAACGAGCGGGCUGGGGAAGAGUUCACUCACGAAAACUGUGGAGGAACAAAUAUCAGGAAGCGACAAAGGAAUUGUUGGAAGAGGGAAAUUCAACCUAGAAAGUAGCUCACAACCAUACUCUGGUCUGGUGGAUGCGUUGAAUCAGCUGUAUCGAGACGCAUUGGUGGCGGAUGGGGAAACAGAACAAAUGAAGAAACAGCUAGCGUUGGAACUGGGAGAUGACAGGACUCUUCUGGCAGCAUUGAUCCCAGCUUUAGAGACAUUGGCACCGGCAGAUUUUCUGGUGAGCCAUCGCAGUGGUCUGAUACAAGAACUGUACAAUCCGGAUGCCGAACAAGCCAAGUGGAAGAAUGCCUUCAAGGUUUUUAUUCGUGUAUUGUGCCAACACUGUUCACCGCUAGUAAUUAUUCUGGAUGAUUUGCAGUGGGCAGAUCGAUCAUCAUUGGGUGUCAUUGAAGAUUUGCUGUCGGAUCCAUUCAAUAAAGAAUCACUGAUGAUCAUUGGGACAUUUCGCUCAGACGAAGUCGAUCCAGAGGAUACAUUGUCGACUGUGUUGCAGACUCUGGAAAAGAAGAAAAAGAAGUUCCAUUUUGACAUGACCCAUAUAGAGCCAAAGAAUUUAGAUGCGGAUGGUGUACACGAAAUUAUCAUGGCACUGUUGGGGAUGGAUGACAAAGAUGCCACGCGGGGAUUGGCUAAGACAUGCUUCAAGCGCACUCUGGGGAACCCAAACUUUGUGGUGCAGUUCAUUGCGAUGCUGGAAGAAGAGCAAUUGAUAUCGUUUAACUUGGGAUUGCUAAAGUGGGUCUGGGACGACAAGGCGAUUGAAGAUGGGACCAUGUCUACGGAAAAUGUGGUCGACUUGCUGCAACUUCGAAUGAAGAAAUUGUCGUCUGAUUUGCGGUUGCUGAUUCAAUAUGCUGCGUGUCUUGGAUCAACAUUUGACCCAUCCGUCCUUGCUCUGUUAUGGGAAAAGCAUGGGUCAAGUAUCAGAGGCGCGACAGAGGAGGAUCCUACAAUGGUGCUACUUGCAAAGCUGGAAGAAAGCAACUUUGUAGAGCGUGAUGGAGAAUACUAUCGAUGGGUACACGACAAGGUUCAAGAAGCGGCCCUUGAAAUGGAAGAAGCUCAAAGAUCAUCGUUUUACUUUGAAGUCGGAUACACUUUACUCAAUGAUCUUCCUGACGACAAGCGUGAACUCUUGCUGUUUGUCGUCACGAAUCUCAUCGACAAGUCGAAUGUUCAUGGACGGUUGGAAUUUGCGCAACUCAACUUGAGGGCGGCCGAGAAAGCACAGCGUCUGUCUGCAUUUUACAGUGGCGCCAAGUAUGCAGCGAAGACUAUUGAGAUGUUACCCAAUGAAAGGUGGAACGAGCAUCGUGAAUUGGCCCUGAACGCAUAUACCAUGGGGGCAGAAAUGGAAGUGGCGACGGGGAAUGUUGAGAUUGCCGAAGAAUACUGCGAUGUGAUUCUGAAGAGAGAUGAUUACACGGCACUGGAAAAAUUCCGCUUGUACAUGGUGAAGAUUAAUAUACUGUGCUUCGUCAAUGUAAGAUACCGAGAGGCCAUUGAUUUCAGCCUUGAGGUUCUGAAAGAGUUCGGUUGCAAACUUGUCGAAAACCGGGUCCUCCUCCCAUUACACGUGGUCCGAUCGGUACAAAAGACGAUAAAACUUGCAAAGAAGACCACCAAGGCAGAGUAUCGAGCUUUGAAGCCGUCAGAUGAUGUCAAACUUGAGGCAACCAUGACCAUACUGGGACGAAUGAACUAUGCAUGUGCCCAGUCAGCUAGACCGCUUCUUCUUGCCUUGUCUACAACCAAAAUGGUGAAUAUGACACUGAAGCAUGGUUUGUUCUCCUUUUCUGGAGCCGCUCAAUGUCUGUUGGGCAUGGUUAGCUUGGCGGCGUUGGGUGACGCUCAAUCGGCAACUUACUUUGCGGAGACAGGCGUUCUGAUGCAGAAGUCCAUACCAUCGAAACACUUUGUAGCGACUACGAUGCUGGUGUCCCAUCACCUUAUUUUGCCAUGGUCAUCUCCAUUGGCAAGUUGUCGACCAAUGCUACUGGACGGAUACACGGAAGGCAUGCGAACUGGCAAUCAUUCCGACGGCAUUUGGUGCUUGAUAUCGUAUACCAUCUUGAUACCAAUACAAAUGGGAAUGCGCUUGCAAACCAUCGAUGCAUAUAUGCAAACUUAUUUCCGAGUGGUCGAAGAUCUUCAACAAUCCGAUCAUGCUGAUGGAAUGAGACUUGGUUGCCAAGUAGUGUCAGAUCUGAUGGGAGAGUCGGACCAAACGUCAGUGAUAAGCACCAAUACGGUGUUGAGUGACGAGGACGGUAUCAAAGCGAAGAAUCGUCGUGCUAUGCUGUCCCUUGCCAAUUAUAUGUCGAUGGUAUACUUUGGUGAUUUUGAGGAAGCUGCGAGGCUUUCUCUAACAAUCGGAGGGGCCUACAGGAACCAUUUCAAAGGGGAUUCGAUGGGCAUAUUUGAAUCUUUCUUGAGGGGCGUCGCUCUCUUCGCUAUGGCGAGGAAGACCAAAAAGCGAAUAUACCGAAAACCCGCUACUAAAAUCCUCAGGUUCAUGGCAAAGUUGAGAAAGCAAGGAAAUCCAAACGCCCAUCCCUAUUACACACUGCUCAGCGCGGAACAAGCAGGUUUAAACAAAGACACGAAUCGGGCUAAAUCGUUAUAUCAGGAAACCAUCGUGUACGCUGCCAGAACGGGCCAACUAAAUCACGCUGCUCUCGCCAAUGAACGGUACUCGGACUUCUUGUUGAACGAGCUCCACGAUUCAGCAGAAGCAAAAUAUCGAAUGGAUGAAGCAAUACGCUUCUACGAGGACUGGGGCGCGUAUGCCAAGGUAGAUGGGCUGAAAGGGUCAAGUCAGUUUUGA